CUUCUUCUUCCCGAAGCGAGUCCAACUCCAACCACGCGGCGAGCCGAGCAGAGAAGAAGAAAGGAGAGAGAAAAAAAAACGAGAUCCCCGAAACCCUAGCCCGCUUCCCCGUCGCCGUCGCCGGAGCCAGGCCGGGAUGGGCGCCGAGGAGGACGCCGCAGCCCGCCGAGAGCGCCUCAAGGCCCUCCGCGCCGCCAAGGAGCUCCUCUCCACGCCCGACGGCUCCUCCCCCGCCCCCGACGCGGACCAGCAGAAUGGUGAACAUGGGACUGCAGAAGAACAGGGGACAGGGCCAGCAUUACCAGGUCCUGUGGAUGCACCUGAGGAUGCUUCCAAGGAGAACGUUAGCCCCACCAAGGAAUCUGAUGAGGCUGAAGACAAUGGGGAGGUACCAUUGAAGUUCAGAAACUACCUUCCCCAUGAUGAGCGCCUUCGAGGUGGUAAGGUGGCUCCGUUGUCUCUCCCCAAGUUUGAAGAUCCAAUUGCUGCUGAUGCCGCUGAGCCAAAGCAGCUCGAGAACCCGUUCGGUAACAUCGCUCCAAAGAACCCGAACUGGGACCUGAAACGAGACGUGCAGAAGAGGAUCGACAAGCUGGAGAAGCGGACCCAGAAAUCUUUGGCGGAGAUUGCAUUGGAGCAGCAAAAGGAGAAAGAGGCUCUGGAGGAGGGGAGCGAUGCAGCUCAAGAGUGAAGAGUAGUACUGGUGGAGCUCCAAAUCUUUGCUUUGCAGCACAGCACAGAAGCAGCUGAAGUCAAACCUUGAUGUGUCUGUAUUUCACGGUGUGGGCUGAUGACUGUAGGUGAACUAAUGUAGCGAAUGUUGGAUGUGUGCUUGCAUAAUUCAUGGAUAACAUUUUCCAUUCUGUAUGCAGAAUUUUGAAUUCUGCCUAUGCUUAGUAAUCAAGUAUUCAAAUUA